AUUCAGUAAGGAUGAGUAGCCUAAACUGUUCAUUAGACAUUUUUAAUUUCCACUUAGGAAAACGCGAAUCCUGGUUGGUGGGAAGCUUUUAUUGGACCCCGAUGUGCGUUGGAUACGGAUAAAUUUUUCGUCAUCUGUGUUAACGUCAUCGGUGGAUGUUAUGGAUCAAGGUUUGUCAUUUCUUGCUGUCCAACUCGUGAAUAAACUCGUGGCGAAUGUCUCUAUCAAACCGCAGAGAUUUACGCCGGAUACCCAGUUUUCUUCUCUUGAUAACACUCAAACCAUUGCAAUGGCUUUGACUCUUUUGUAACUAUAUCAUUAUUAACGUUUUCUAGUGGCCCUUCUUCUAUAAAUCCUUUAACAGGAAAGGUAAGAAUGAUGGUCCUAAUCGAUUAUUGAUUGUGCGUAAGUCUAGUUCAUGAAAUAGGCCUUCUCCGCUAUAAAUAAAUUAAGUUAGUUUAGUUUAGCUUUUGUUACGUUCACCGUAACAAGAAAGACUUAAAAACAGAAGAGUCUUAUUUUUUAAAUUAUGUAUUAAUAAAAGAAAACUAAAAGAACGAAGAAUCAGGAUAGUUCAAACUUAUCUGUCUAUUGACAAUGACACAGCUUUGCUUUUCAGACUUUGUCCUUUCACACUUUAGUAUAUAGUUCCUUUCCUUUAAGUCUUUACGACGACAAUAACUCCAACAGUAUCAAAUUCUUCUUCUUAAACAACAACAACAACAAAUUAAUAUUUCUUAUAAACUUUUCUCUGAUCCCUUCCAGCUUAAGCUUUCGCUGCUUAUAUACUGUCCGCAAGAUAUAACAAAGGAAAACGUUCAUAUUGUCGUAGAGUUGUAUCCAUAUCGUCGUGUGCUCAGUCCCAUCCGUCGUCCAUAGCUCAAAGAUACAUACAACGACAAGUAUUGAUGAGUGAUCCAAAUUGGAAUGAUGGGUUCUAUUACGACGGUCCAUUUCCUUCGUUAGGAAUGAAAAAUGCAAGGUAAUGAUGCUACGACUAAAUAUUAACUGUUGGACUACAUGACUAUAGUCUUGGACUAUAUGACUAGUCUUGGACUAUAUGACUAUAGUCUUGGACUAUAUGACUAUAGUCUUGGACUAUAUGACUAUAGUUUUGGACUAUAUGACGAUAAUCUUGGACCAUAUGACUAUAGCCUUGAACUAUAUGACUAUAUAUAGUCUUGGACUAUAUGACUAUAGUCUUGGACUAUAUGACUACAGUCUCGGACUUUAGAUCGAACUAUCGGACUAUAAUCUUGGACUAUAGGACUACAGUCUUGGACUAUAUGACUAUAGUCUUGGACUAUAUGACUAUAGUCUUGGACUAUAUGACUAUAGUCUUGGACUAUAUGACUAUAGUCUUGGACUAUAUGACUAUAGUUUUGGACUAUAUGACUAUAGUCUUGGACUAUAUGACUAUAAUAAUAUAGUCCAUAUUAUUAGCACUGAUGAAGAUCCGGGCUUACGGAUCGAAAGCUUUGCAGUAAUAAAUUUACGUGGUGUUUCCACAAACAAAACUAUUAUAUGUUUUAUCGCCAUGCAAACAUACAAAGAACUUAUAUAUGACUAUAGUCUCGGACUUUAGAACUAUCGGACUAUAAUAGUCUUGACUAUAGGACCACAGUCUUGGACUAUAUGGCUAUAGUGGGUUGACAUUGCGUAGACUGAAUUCGCGGUCAUAUCAGUUAUUACUGCAUGCAAGUAUAGCUGAAAAGUCGGAAAAAGUCUCAUAAAUGGUAUCACCAGAAAAUUAAACUGUAUGAUGUUACCCCAACAACAUUUACUGCAUUUACAUGUAUUAUUUAUACAUUUCUAAUGUAGAUCCAUCGCAACAGUGAGUUAUCGUAGCGGUCGGGAGUGGGAAACAAGAUUUGGACGGAGGAAAAUAAACAAGUCUAAAGAUGCAUCAAAUCCUUGUUUUAGUGCAGACUUUAUGAUUGAAGGCUAUCUUGACCAUCAAGUAAGUACAAAGUUCCUCAUUAAGGGUAUCUGAGGGGCAUACGCCCCCCCCCCCCCAAAAAAAAAAAAAUUACAAGUUUGGAAAGUGCAUUUUCAGCUAUUUUCCACAAUAAUUUUGUUUAAAGUAACUGUGUAUAUUGCCUAAUGCUAAACUGGAAAAUUAGUGAAGAUUCUUCUCUAUGAUUAUCGUAUUGUGAAAGAACAAUUACACAAAGAUGCAACGGUCAAGUCGAUCGUUACUCUGUUUUGAAAAUCACGUGGGCACGCUUAAAACUGCGAUACUAUAGAAGUUCAAAACAUUUUUAUUUUUGCAUGCAUUAUUACUACUCAAUCAAUACAUAAUUUUUUAAAACUUUUUUCUAUAAGCUACAAAUGCGUUUGCAAGUGAAAGAUUGCCACUCUAUUAAUCUACAAAAAAAAACAAGAAAAAAGUAUAAGCUUAAAAUUAAAAUAUUAUGUAGUGUGCAUCACAAAUAAUUAUAUAAUUAUGAACAUAUCAUGGCAUGACAUGGUAUCAAAAUUAGUAAAUUACUAAUCCUUACGGGUCAACUGCCAAACUCCUGUGCGAAUGUCUUCCACUAAUUUAUCUAGAAUAUAUUAAAACAUAUUUUUGAUACAGAAAGUAAUAUUUAAAUUUCUAUAAAAUAAAUCGUUUAUCGUUUUGGGUUGUCAUAUAUUUUGAAUAAUGUGUAAUUUAAAUUUCCAUGCCUAUUGAAAAAAACACUAAUAUUUUCAUUUCGUUUAGUCCGAAUAUUGGGGCGGGGGGUUGGAAAAUAAACAGUAAACUUGGGGGUGAGUCAUGAAAAAUUAUUCGGAGUAGAAGAGGGGUCACGAAAAAGUCAAGAUUUGUAAAAUACUUCCGCCCCACCCCCGUCAUUAAUAAUGACUACUUCCUAAGCCUUAGAAGAUAAAAAAAUGUUCUGGGGGAGCAUGCCUCCACACCCCUCUACAUAGAUUUCUCGGCGCUUGACUUGAUAAAUCUAAAAUGCUAGUUACGGGCCUACCCCUAGGAGACCCUCAUUGGGGAGUGAAAUCCAGUGGCGUGCUGACGGGGGGCUGGGGGCUUGGCCCUGCGAGGAAUUUUGAAUUUGCAAAAGCUUUACGGGGCGCCGAAACUGCAUGAAAUGAUUCUUUUUACAACAAUUGUGUCAACACACUGUCAACUUUCCCUGCAUAUGGUUUCACCGCUUUCUGAAAAAAGGUAUCAAUUUCCCUUGCGUAAUACAAAAUGACCGAAAAACGGCAAACUUCGCAAGGCUAUAUUAUCCGCAAUUUACAACAUUUCGCAACGAAACUUCGGAAUAUUACUAAUUUUGUGAUGCUCUUUCAAGCUGUGAUGAAUUUUUUGUCUAGACUUGUCUAGAUCAAAAUUUUGUUCAUUAGGUAAUAGGUCCAUUGGAUUUGACUCGUUGCUUACCUCACCUGCCCUCCCCCCCCCCCAAUAUCUCACCGGCUUGGCUUUGAAGACCAGGGGGCGGAGGGCGAGGCCACCGCAACAUGACAUCUUCCGUAACAUCAUCCGUAUCGUCAACUACAAAUGAAAUUGUUAUCAUUGUCACUUUAUAUGCAUGCAGGGUGGACUAGAUCAAAACUUUGUUCAUUAGGUAAUGGUCCAUUGUUUGACUUUUGCUUCCCCCCAAUAUCUCACUGGCUUGGCUUUGAAGACCAUGGGGCAGAUGGCGAGGCCACUGCAACAUGACAUCUUCCAUAACAUCAUCCGUAUCGUCAACUACAAAUGAAAUUGUUAUCAUUGUCAUUUUAUAUGCAGGGUGGAAUGUUUGGGGAGCGAGCAUUGAGUGAUGAAGCCAUGCAUGAGUCACCUGGGGGGUUGCGGGGGCUGGUCCCCCGGGAAAAGUUUGGAUUUCUAGGGCUCGGAAACGCCAUUUCAGACAUUCUGAUACGAGUUUUUAGAAGUAUUUGGAAGGUCAAAAAUCACAAAAUUCUGUUAUUAUUACAUUGGAACAACGCACAAUACACGUGAAAAUAUCUUUAGAGAUUUAUUGAUUAUAUUAAUUAUCAACUGAAACAUUUCAUAAAAUUGUAGACUUAUUGUCAUCAUCACACAUUCGCUAAAUAUAUUUAAACUAAAUCCAUUUUUCUGGGAGCCAUAUCUACAAAUGUUUGUACAAGUUUUCUAGAAUUAACCACUAUUAAUUGGAUUUGACUCGUUGCUUACCUAACCUCCCCGUUCUUAAUCCUCAAGGGAACGCAAGACAAUAGUCUAGUUCUCUCGAACAAUACGAGAACGCUACGAAAACGGUACAGUGUAAACGCUGCCUAAGUAAAGGUCCAGUAAGGACCAUGCUUCAUUGGACCAGUGUUACCCAUAGUUAAUAGAUGGUUUGGAAACUCAUUAGAAUAACAAUAGAACUCAUUAUCUACGUUAGUCAACGUUUAUUCGUUUCAUAAAUAUGGUCCCUCAACGUUUAUUCAUAAAUAUGGUCCUUCACAGCAAUUAUACCCUAUUGUUCGAGUCACGGACAGCUAACUUUCUUAAAAAUACAAUACGCUAUGAAUAAACGUUGACAAUUAAACAUAGAUAAUGAGUUAUAUUGUUAUUCUAAUGAGUUUCCAAACCAUCUAUUCAGAGCUAAAAAUAUAUUUAAAGAACUUUCGAAAUAUUUCUACUGUAGAUUUGCCGAUAGUUGCUAUGACGCAUUUUAUGUUUUUUUUUUCUUCAAUAAUUAGUGUAUUUUGCUUUUUAAAGAUACUUCGUUACGUUGAUAUCAUUGUUAUAAAGCACAAUAAGACCCUUGAUCUUGUAGGUUUAGAACAGCUAGAGCUAUCCAGAAUAAAUAAGGUCAGCUGCUACUUUAAAGUUUUCGUUCUGGAAUAUAUUUUGCUCUUUAGGGUGAAAGUUUUUGUCUGAAAUAUGAUCCCAAUUCCAUGCUGUACAUUUCUAAGGUAAAGUUUAACAGAGGUAACGUAAUGUUCCUUUUUAAAUUUCCAGGUUAAUGUAACCACAGUCCUGGUUAAUGUGGUGAUAGUCCUGGCUAGUUUAACCAGGAUUCUUGGUUAAUUUAACCAAGCUAUACGGUUGAAUUAACCAUUUUAUGUUAGGUAGAUUAAUGAAGAAUUCCUGGUUGACAGUCCACCUAACAUUAUCUGGUUAAUUUAACCAUAUAGCCUGAUUAAAUAAAUUUACCAGGAACCCUGGUUAAAUGAACCUCGUUCCCUUUAACACAUCUAAUUCAGGAUCCACUCUUUGACUGAGAGUCGACAUCAAAGCUUUGGUGCAAUUUUACAACUACACACGCAAAAAUCUCACAUCUUGUGGCAAGUCUGCCAACAAGCCGUCAACAAGUUGUGUUCGCACUGCUUGUCCCAAGUUGUCAACAAGGUUAGAACAAGCUGUUAACAACUUGUAACAACCUUGUUGAUAUUAUCAGACUUGUUGCAAGGUUGUUCCAAUAAGUCCGAUACAAUCAUGAUAUAACAAUAUUGUUACAACCUUGUAUGAUCAACCUUGUAACAUUCUUGUUAUAUCAUGACUGUGUCAGACUUGUUACAACAAUCUUGUAACAAGUCUGAUAAUGCCAUCAAGUUUGUUACAAGUUGUUAACAGCUUGUUCCAAACUUGUUACAACAACUGGGAACAAGCAGUACGAACACAACAUGUCGACAGCUUGUGAACAGAUUUGUAACAACUUGAUAAAUAUCAUGAUCAUAGAACACAUUGGUAUCGAAGGUACUAGACUUAGUUCCGAAAUACCACACACUCGAACAGACUUGGCCUCGUAGCUCAGUUGGCAGAGCAUUGGACUAGUAUCCCAAAGGUCGCGGGUUCGAUUGGCCACCGUGGUCAGGCUAACUUUUCAGCUUGCCCGGUGUGGAUAUACACUCAGAGCAACAUCAAAAACAUUGUAACAACUUGUUUGCAGACCUGUAGCAACUUGUGCGUUUUUACGUGUGUACGUCGAAACGAUGAAAAGUCAGUGGGCUUAGGUAAAUCUAAUAUUUCUCUUGUGUUCUAUCGUUCAGGCAAUGGACCUCUUUGAUUUAGGGGAAGGUUAUAAUACCCUCGAUGAAGGCAUGUCAAGGAUAAAAUGCCCUGUACUGGUAAGGCAGAUGUUUUACUAUACCAAUCAUUAAAAAACCACGAGCUUAUAAUCCUUAUAUUGGUGUUGGGCAAUACUCGACAUAGCUAAUUGUUAAAGGAUUUUGCAUUUUUUUAUCCAAGAUCAUGGGUGUGCAGUCAGACCUGCUUUUUCCUGUCCAGCAACAAAGAGAGCUGGACGAAGUGUUAAAAGAUUCAGGUAUGAAUAAGUGGCGUCGGUGGUAGAUAAAAGCAAGGUUAUUAAGCAAGCGACACAGAGAGUCAGAAUGCCGAAGGGGGUGGACUGGAUUAAAAACUGUGUUUGUAUCAGUUUGUGGUAAACUUCAACACAUUUGCUUCCAUACACGAGCGCUAUGAUGCAAAAUGCCGCCAAAAUUAGUUACACCAUUUUUCGAAUGACGUCCGUGUUGACAAAAACUUUCGUCCGUCCGUCCGCCAUCCAUCCGUCCGUCCGUAUCCGCGUUUUAUCCUAACCCCUUGCUUAAGCUCACUAACGAGGCUGGAUCCGUUGUUCAUUGAAUUUCUCACUCAUUUGGUGAGCGGAUUUCCCAGCAGGCUAUUGCCCAGUUGAUAGGUGGUCCGAGGUACCUACGACAAAACGUCUUUAUCCGAAAAGACGCGAAAGUCUAAGCAUUUACUGAUGUCAAUGUAAAGGUAGCAAUCUCUCCUCAAUUAUUUUAAGACUUUGAGUAGAGGUCCGACCAAGGAUUGAACCCAGGUCUUCCAGCUUGAAAGGCAAGCGUGGUGACCACGACUGGACCAAUAAUCUGCCUCUUAAAAUAUACUUUGAAUAGCUUGAAUUUCAGACGUUCACAAUGAGAGUCGAAUCAUUUUCCAAGCCGUAUCAUCCCGGUCUGUGAAGAAGCAUCGCCCAUCUGAUGCAUCACAUAACUUAGUAAAAAUAGUGUACUGUGUAAAACAAAAAGUUCAACAUGAUUUUACAGGGAAUUCAUCACAAGGGAUAUGCGAAUUUUCAAUUUAGUAUAGAGGGAACUUUUAUAUAACUUUUUACAUCAUCUUUUAAAAUUUUAGUAUCUUAAUACGUUUCUUGCGUUUAUAGGAAAUCAUUCAGUCACAUAUUACGAAUUACCUUCCAUAUUUGGCCAUGAUACAUUUCUCCUGGAUGUCAAUGCCGUGGCAGCGGCUAUUAAGGUGAGCAUUGUGAUAUCGGCACUGUGGUCAACUAGACACGUAAAACGCACAAGUUGUUACAGGUCUGCAAACAAGUUGUUACAAAUCUGUUCACAAGCUGUCGACAACUUGUGUUCGCACUGCUUGUUCCCAGUUGUUGUAACAAGUUUGGAACAAGCUGUUAACAACUUGUAACAAGCUUGAUGGCAUUAUCAGACUUGUUACAAGGUUGUUCUAACAAGUCUGAUGCAGUCAUGAUAUAACAAGAAUGUUACAAGGUUGACGACACAAGGUUGUAACAAUAUUGUUAUAUCAUGACUGUCUGGGACUUGUUGGAACAACCUUGCAACAAGUCUGAUAAUAUCAACAAGAUUGUUACAAGGUUGUUCUAACAAGUCUGAUGCAGUCAUGAUAUAACAAGAAUGUUACAAGGUUGACGACACAAGAUUGUAACAAUAUUGUUAUAUCAUGACUGUAUGGGACUUGCAUGUUGGAACAACCUUGCAACAGGUCUGAUAAUGCCAUCAAGCGUGUUACAAGUUGUUAACAGCUUGUUCUGAACUUGUUGACAACUUGGGACAUUAAAUUUCGCUAGUUAUCAAUUGACGUUUGUUCUUUUCGUUAAACAGGGUCACCUUGAAACAGACUUGACGUUUGUCGCGAAAAAGAAGUCCAGAUGACAAAAAUGCGUUUUUAUACAUUAUCUGAUGCAAAAAGUAUAUCUGAUACAAAAUCGUGCUGAUUUACAUAAUUCGCAUCGGUGUUGUAUCGGAUAUAACAUUCGGCUCGAGUUUGUAUAUGGCCGCUCAUGUUGUAAAUAGUACAAAAUGUCAAAAUCUAAUGUCAGUUUCCCACACUCGCAAUAACCUACGUGCAUGGAUUUGUUUUGAAUAUACAUCAUGUUCUAGUACUAUCAUGUUUCGUUGUACA